UACACAGGUGGAGACAAAACUCACAGUCCAUAAUUGAAUACUUUCCGACGGCAUGGUUCUCUUUGAUGAGACUUCGUAUGCUGUAAUAAUGGACAAGUUGAAUUCCACAGAAAUAUCUGCCGUUGUAUUCCUCUUGAAAGUAGUUGAGUGAUUAAUGCAGAUUGAAGAAAAUUUUCUUCAUUGGGAUUUCUGAACAAAGGCCGCAGAUUUAUAUAUGUGAUCUUCAAUGUGCAUGAGUGCAUCCCAAUUUUUAACUUAUUAUUGUUCUCUGCCUUCCGCAGGUAAUUGAAGAAUGGGUGCUGGAGGCCGAUCUUUCGAGGGCAAGAAGUCAAAAUCUGACGUUCUCCAACGAGUUCCACACUCAAAACCUCCAUUCACACUCGGUGAACUCAAGAAAGUCAUCCCUCCCCACUGUUUCCAGCGUUCUAUUCCUCAAUCUUUCUCCUAUCUCGUAUGUGACCUCACCAUUGCCUUUCUCUUCUUCUAUAUUGCCACCAACUAUUUCCAAAACCUACCUCAACCUCUCUCCAACCUAGCCUGGCCACUCUAUUGGAUGUGCCAAGGCUGUAUCCUAACUGGUGUUUGGGUCAUAGCCCAUGAAUGUGGCCACCAUGCGUUUAGCAACUACCAAUGGCUCGAUGACACUGUUGGCUUGAUCCUACAUUCUGCUCUCCUCGUCCCAUACUUUUCGUGGAAAUUCAGUCACAGGCGCCACCAUUCAAACACUGGUUCCCUGGAUCGCGACGAAGUAUUUGUACCCAAAUUUAAGUCUGAAAUCCGAGGGUUUGCCAAGCAUCUGAACAAUCCACCAGGCAGAGUAAUCAUACUUCUCGUCCAGCUAACUUUAGGGUGGCCUCUAUAUUUACUGUUCAAUGCCUCGGGUAGACAUUAUGAACGCUUUGCGUGCCAUUAUGAUCCUUAUAGCCCGAUUUACCUGGACAGUGAGCGUACGCUGAUCCUCAUUUCUGAUGCUGGUGUUCUUGCUGUCAUUUAUGGGCUUUAUUGUCUUGUGGCAGCUAGAGGACUUAUUUGGGUUCUUUGCGUUUAUGGUGGUCCAUUGCUCAUCGUCAAUGGAUUCCUAGUUUUGAUAACUUAUUUGCAGCAUACCCAUCCUUCGCUGCCUCAUUAUGAUUCCACCGAGUGGGAUUGGUUACGCGGAGCUUUAGCAACUGCUGACAGAGAUUACGGGAUUCUAAAUAAGGUAUUCCACAACAUAACGGAUACUCAUGUCGCGCACCAUCUUUUCUCAACAAUGCCACACUAUCAUGCAAUGGAGGCAACCAAGGCAAUCAAGUUGAUAUUAGGGAAUUACUAUCAAUUUGAUGGGACACCAAUUUUUAAGGCAAUGUGGAGAGAAGUCAAGGAGUGUAUCUAUGUGGAACCAGAUGAGGGAGACCAGAAGAAAGGUGUAUACUGGUACAAAAACAAGCUUUAGAAACAAAUACCGGAAGGGAUUUUCUGAGCCAUUGUUAGCGAAGAUUUUGCUCCCCCCUCUGGAUAAGUUAGACUAGUUUGCUUGCUUAGUUGAAUAAAGAUUUCGGAUCGUAUUGGUCUGAGAUGUUAUAAAGGGAAAAAAUCACGUAUAUCCCGUUAAGUGUAAUAUUUCUGCCUACUACAAUUUUAAUUAUGAAAGUUCUAAUAAACAGAUU